AUGGUUCUCGCGGUCGAUCUCCUCAACCCCAACCCUCAGACUGAGGCCCGCAAGCACAAGCUCAAGACUCUUGUGCCUGCUCCUCGCUCCUUCUUCAUGGACGUCAAGUGCCCCGGUUGCUUCACCAUCACCACCGUCUUCUCGCACGCCCAGACCGUCGUCAUCUGCGCUGGAUGCUCGACCGUCCUGUGCCAGCCCACCGGUGGCAAGGCCAGACUCACUGAGGGAUGCUCUUUCCGGAGGAAGUAA